CCUCGCCCCCACCGCAAAACUCUCCGACAAGCUGGAUCCCGGAACGGGAAGCGGAAAUGGCUGGAGUGACCUUUGACCUCCCCUCCCGCGCCGUGACGGAGGCAACGUCGUUUCUGUGGUAACCGGGCUGCGCGUCCUCCUCGGAGCAGGGGUUGGAGCACGGCGUCUGGAGUUGCAGGAUCAAAAAUGUCAGUACUCACUUCUCCAAGAGGAAAGGUGGAGGUGGUUCAUUGCCGAAGAACAGAGUCACAGGAUAUUUAUUGCAUCAAAAACCUCAUUAGAAAAUUUACCCAGAAGCUGUUUGGGAGUCUUAAUAUCAUCUCUCUUCUGGAGAAGGCAAACCUUGCCAUCACUCUCCACAAUGACCAGGAGGAGAUCAUGGCCCAGGCCACCUUCCUGGACUAUCCCAACUGGAAUGUCGCCCCGCAGGACGACUGGGUGUCUGUGUUCCGGGAGCUGGACAGUGAAAUCCCAUGCACACCUCUGAACACGUUGUUCAUGCACCUCUUUGUGGCCGUGGACGAGUAUUCUGUCGGCUGCUGCAAAGAGAUUAUUCGGACCGUGUUCGAGACGGUGCCAGACCUGCACUUCACAUUCCUCAUCGUGCCGUCCUACAUGAGCCUCGGCUCGACUCUCAUAACUGUGUUUGACCAAGUGGGGAACAUUCCAAGCCUGACGUAUGAUGAGGACUUUGCCGUGCACAUAUGUCACAGGCACAGCCACUACCCUCAGCUACACAUCCGCAAAGCCAGGGUGGAAGAUCACGACGACCUCGUGCCAAUAUUCCUGCACCAUGACACCAUCCUGAAGGAGACUUAUGGCGAAUACUUCCUGGCUGAACUCAUAGAGGCCCAAGAUGAAGAGAAUCAUGCCGUCGUGUGUGAGGUGGAAGGUGUAGCUGUCGGGUUCAUGAGCGUGUGCUCGAGAGUGAACAUGCAGCUCCUGCAUGAGUGCUUUGACUUGGGACCCUUCCACGGACUCUGCACCCCGCAUCCCGACGACGUCCUGGAGCCACCCCAAGAGCUAAGCGUUCAAGGAAGUUCAGGCGCCGAGCUCAGGAGCAGCAGCCAGGAAUGGCAGCAAAUAGUCAAGGAGCCGCAGGAAGCUGUCUCCCCGGAGGCCGGGGAGAGCAUCCAGAGAAAAAGCACAGAAGAAGCCGCAAUGGAGGAAGCUUUAUCACCAGUCCAAAGUGGAAACACUAGUGAGGCGGAGGACACAGAAAAACUCAGUCAAGAGUACAGUGUGGAUUACACGGAUUACUGCAUCAGCAAUAUGAGCUCAGCGGCCAUCUCUCUGCCUGAAGAGACCAGCAACUUCCGCCCCAUCUACAGGGGCGCCUCCACUGCCUUCUGCAUCCAGCUGUUUUGUAUUGACGAGAAGCACGAAGCAAGGUCACUGGACUUUAUGAAUUUUGUUUUCAGUCUUUUUCCUGACAAGAACUUCUGCAUCAUUUCUCUGCCACAUCUCACCCCUGAGUUUGUCCUCAUACAGAACUUCGUGAAGAUCGUCCCCUUCAACAACUGCACCCUGGACCAGGACCUCUACGUCUUCCAUCGGGCAGGAUUGCUCAAGACCAUUAAAAUAAGAUUAGCCACUCUCUCGGAUACUCCUGGUGUUGAAAAUCUCGUCAGCACCCUCAUGCUGAAUAAAAGCAUAUUGGAAGAUUUACAGCAAUACAACGAGGCUCGCAGGGAUCCUGAUGGAACACCACUGCAGGCAUUUGUAGCCGAAGUUGCAGAACAAGUAGUUGGCAUUGCAGUGAUCAGAGAUGAAAUGGAUAUAGAGUACAUACGAUCCCACUACAAUAUUGAAGACUUCAUAUACUUUAGUCACCACCAGCGCGAAGAGCAUGGCCACCUGUAUCACUUUGCCCUGAACCCCAUUUUUCAGCACUACACCAAGUUUUUUCUAAAGGAGAUCCUCCGUUUAGGAUAUAAGUCCUGUCUCUACUACCCUGUUUACCCGCGAACCAAGGAAGGCAAGUUCCAGAGCUCCAGCGCCCACUCGCUGACGUCCGCCCUCCACUACUUGGUUCCCGUGCGGCCCCGACGACAGAUUGUCUAUCCCCUGGAAAAGCUUGGCAUCAACGCCCCAUCAAAGGAGGUCUCCAAGGACGCGUUGAGUUAUGCCUUGAACCAUACAAACAGAAAACUAACGUUGGAACCUAAAAUAACUGUCAACGCCAAGAUUGUAGUGGUUGGUGCGUCCAGUGUUGGAAUUUCCUUCCUAGAGACAUUGAUAUUUUGCUCUCACCUGAAGUUCAGUAAUCUCACCCUGAUUUCAACCCACGGACUCCCAGGGAAAAAACUUCUGGGCACUGAACAAAGGAAGUUUUUAGCAAGCGACCACUGUUAUAAUGACAAAGAUCACACGCUGAUGUCGCUGUGCUCCUGGGUCAACGUGGUGGUUGGUAAAAUGACUGCCAUAGACCGAGCAGCUAAGCAGGUCAUCGUUUCCAGAGAAGAAGUCGUGCCCUACGACCACCUCAUCCUCUGCACCGGGCAGCAGUACCAGGUCCCAUGCCCUACAGGGGCCGACAUUAGUCAACACCCGACAAACAGAGAAGUUCUGAACAGCAGUCUGCGGCGGUACGUGGGCCCGGUUCCCUGCAAUCAUUUCACCCUCAAUGACGAAGAAGAUUGCUUGAAAGCCCUGACUUGGAUCAGGAACAACUCCAUUGCUGCAGAAGGGAAUGUCAUCGUCUAUGGGAACACAAUUGACACAUACACCACGGUGGAGACGCUCUUGAACUUGGGUGUGAGGGGCUCCUACAUCCACCUGGUGCAGCACCCACCCACCUCCAUCAUCACCUGCAUCAACAACUACGCGGUGGAGGGCGCGGUGGAGGAUGUGCUCCGAGCCGCGGGGGUGACCGUCUACCGGGACGCGGUCCUGGCUCAGUGGAAUGAUGGCCUGAACCCAGACCCCAUCCACAGAGCCAGCUUCACCACACCCACCAAGCCCUUCCAGCUCCCCUGCUCCAUGUUCUUCAGCUUCUGUGAGAAGAACGUGGAUUACGAAACAUUCAGAGCCUUCAACGACGCGUGCCUUGUCUACGACGGCCGACUUGUGAUCGACACCAACUUCCACACCAAUGACAUAGCCAUCAGAGCUGCCGGCUCCCUCACCAAGUUCUCCAACAGGUAUUACUCGAAUGAGUGGACUCAUAGCAACUUCAAUUCCAAGGAAAUUGGCUUCCAGCUGGCAGCAACGAUGCUCAACCUCUUUGACCCGACCCUCGAGCCUGUGACUGAGCCGCCGGCUGACCUUGACCGACUCAUCCCCAUGUACAAGGGAGCCAAGAUCAAAGGAGGCAUCCUCCCUGGGUCGUACCAUUAUCUGCAUAUCGCCAAGCCCGCCAUCCCAACCCCAUUGGAGGUACAAAUGGCCCAGUCUGAUUUUGGUUCAGAAAUAGUAACAGGUAACGUGAAGAACGGGACUUACUUCCGAAUCCACACCAACAAGUACAAGAUGGUGGAAACCAUCACGUGCCUUUCCAAAGUGCCUUUCCCUACCUCCAACUACAUCCGCCUGUUCGGCCAGCACGAGCAAGUCCUCAACAACCUGUGCACUCGGUACAAGGACGGGCUGGUCCCAGACCUCUACAGCUACUUCACGGAGCCGUGGUGCAUGGCCCUCUUUCACGAUCGUUUUAUUGAUCUCCGGAAAGAGUUACGCCAGAUCUUAUCCUCCAGGGAGGCACACAUCCUCAAACGCAAUGGCGGCUGCUUCUCAUGGCUCCCGCUGAGCCUCCCGAAACCUUUUAGGCAGGAGAACAUGUUUGCCGUGGGUCACUCUGCAGUGCAUAAACUCGGCCUGGCAGUGGGCCCUGGCAGGAGAGCAGGGAGACUGCAAGUGGCCUUUGCAGAAGAUGCUCUAAGGCUUCCCCAACCAUCCUUGUGGGUUCUCUACGUUUCCAGAAAGGGGAACCUCUGCAAGAAGAGCCUCCACUGGGGGACUGUGCUGACAUCUGUCAAGUGCAAAGGCCACAGGAGGUGUUGGGGCCUGUAGUGGUGUCUGCCUGUAGCUCAGAUACACAUGGAACAGGGACUCAGAGAGCUGGGGGAGGAGAAAGGGAGGGCUUGUGUGCGAGCACGGGCACAGAAGAAUGGCCCCAAGGAAGUGCCGGCCACCAAAAGUCAGAGUGACUGUGAGAGGUAUGGUGGAGACAGGCCAACAGUGAAAGUGGUAAUGAGCUAGAGAUAGAGAUUAGAUAGAGAUAGAGAUUAGAUAGAGAUAGAGAUUAGAUAGAGAUAGAGAUAGUCAUACAAACAGACAUGCAGGAAUUUCACUGAGGAGUCUGGUAAUAGGAAAACAAAGCAGAUAGCCUUCACUACAGAAUAACAGUAAUUCCUUUUAUCAAAUAUUGAGAUGAUGUAACCCACUUAAUUUCACUUUCUACCUUGUCUUCAGGGAAGUACAGAAGUUCAAUCCCAUUAACUAUGAUGUCCUAGCAUUCAGUUUAUCAAUUUUCCCCUCCCUCCACGUGUGGCGAAAGAAAUAAAUGACUAUUAUCUAGGACUGUCAUCAUAAGUCAUAUGUAGAUUUUAAAUGUGUAUAUGAUUUAUUUUGAAAACAAGAUCAUUAUAAGACAUCUCAAAUCCUUUUGUGGAAGUCAAAAGGGGAAUGGCUUAUAAAUCCUCUGGUCAUGCAUCUAGCCAAAGAGCCACUGACCAAGGUGAAAUUCUGUGUAGUCAAAAUCAUCCUUCAGAAAGAUGGAUAUUGAUAGAGUCGGGAAAAAAUAGUUUGAAAAUAAUAGAGACUUUAAUAUCUCACUUUCAGUAAUGGAUAGAACCAGGUAGAAGAUUAACAAGAAAAUAGAGGACUUGAAUAGCACUAUAAACCAACCAGACCUAACAUAUAUACAGAGCACUCGACCCAACAACAGCAGGAUGCAUGGUCUUCUCAAGUGCGUGUGGAACAUUCUCCAGGACAGGCCACCAAACAAGUGUCAAUAAAUUUUUAAAAACUUAAACCAUACAGAGUAUAUUCUCCAACCACAAUGAAAUGAGACUAGAAAUCAACUAGAAAGUGAACAACAGAUUCUUAAGCAACUUCUUUGGUUUCAAAGAAGAAACCAAAUGGGAUGUUAGAAGUACUUAGAGACAAAUGAAAAUGAAAACACAACCAACCAAAAUUUAUGGGAUGCAAAGAGAAAACAGUUUUCAUAGAGAAAUUUAUAGCUGUAAAUGCUUACAUUUAAAAAACAGCAAAGCCCUCAAAUCAGUAACUUAAUUCUACUCCUUAAGGAACUAGAAGAAAUAAAACCAAACUAGAAAAAGAAAACCAAACUAAACCCAAUGCUAGCAGAAGGAAGGACAUAAUAAACAUUAGAGUGGAGAUAAAUGAAAUAAAGAAUUUAAAAAACAGAGAAAACUGAUGAAACCAAAAGCUGGCUCUUUUAAAAGUUCAACAAAAUAAACCUUUAGCUAGAUUAAUCAAGAAAAAAAGACUCAAAUCCCUAAUGAAAUGAAAAUGGGGACAUUUACCAACCUUAAAUAAUAAAGGUUUAAAAAAGAAUAUUAUGAACAAUUGUAUGCCAACCAAACAGAUAACCUAGAUG